GUGGAUCUGCUAUGAAGUGGUGUUGUCGUACUGUUAGCGCAAGUGCUGACUAUAUAUCGACUAACAGACACUUGGGUUAGUUAUUUGCCGAGAAUUGCAAUAAUAAGUCACUGUAGGAGUGAAUUGUGUGUUAUUUUUCAAUUGUAAUGUCACUGAUUUGGUCACUUGGUUUUUGUUAAAAUUGUUAAACAAAUUAAUUGAAAGAGUUAUGUCAAGUUGUGAUCUAAAAGACAUUGUCGUCCAACUAAAUAAAGAGUAAAAUCAGCAGAAAAUGAGUCAUUUUUAUCGGUGUUUCAAUCUUGUGAUUACUGGAUAUCAUUGCAAUGAACAUCAUCUGCAGUCCAAUGAAAGUAAUUCAAGACAUAGACUGUAUUACAGCGCAAUACUUCCAAAAGGCUCACUAUUUCUCAUGUGUUUAAUAUCAAUAAUGACAAUAUCAUCCACUUAUAGCCUGGCCUUAGAUUUUUCACGCUUAGAGCAAACACAUCAACGCUUUCGGCGAUUAGGAUUCAUAUCGAGUCAGUCCUAUGAUGUGAUGGCUAAUGAUAGAAGUGAUGAUCGCAUCGAUGGACUCCCAUUUCAUCACAUGCUUUACAAUAAUCAUCGCAUUGAACCAUAUUUUGAUAGUAAACUCCAUUCAACUAACAUAACCACAUCCGAGGGCUCGGCUGCUGUUUAUCUACCGUGUCGUGUCCAUCAAUUGGGAGAUCGCACAGUGUCGUGGAUUCGCAAAAAAGACUUUCAUGUAAUUACAGUGGGCAAAUUUACCUAUACUUCCGACCAACGUUUUCAAGCCGUUCAUAUGGAUAACAGCGAUGACUGGACUCUUAUGAUACGUUUCCCCACCAGAAAAGAUGCCGGAAUUUAUGAGUGCCAGAUAUCAACGCAACCAAAAAUGAGUUUAUUUAUUGAACUAAAUGUUAUUGUGGCAAAGGCCAGGAUAGUUGGCAGUCCAUCGAUACAUAUGAAUAGCGGAACAACACUAAAUCUGAGUUGUUUGGUCAAUGAAACUCCUGGUCCACCCGAUUAUAUAUUUUGGUAUCACAAUGGAGAGGUAAUUAACUACGACUCUCCCCGCGGUAUAAAAGUACAAACAGUAAAGUCGUCUCAAACCACAUCCAAAUUAAUUAUAAACAAAGUCAUGCCAAACGACUCCGGCAACUAUAGCUGUUUCCCGUCCAAUGCAGAAUCGGCACACAUUGCAGUCCAUGUCCACAGCACUGGCAAUCCGGCAGCUUCUAUACAACACGGAAAGAGAAGUGCGAGCUUAGAGAUGGCUAAUCUGCACGAACAGCCCUUUGAUUACCCUUAA